CCCCACAAAGUCGUCUUUUUCACUAUGGCUACUUUACUCUCCUUCGUUCUUCUCUCUUCUCUAACCCUGUCCCUCGUCUUAAUUCUGGUCUCAGGAGACACCCUCGAACGUGAUUUCUUGCGUCAAAAGAAAGAAAAACUAACUCAUUUUCAAGUGUAUUGGCACGACAUCGUGGAUGGCAAAGAUCCGACUUCGGUCCUAGUCAUGAAUCCUCCGAACAACACGUCGCCAACAGGAUUCGGACAAAUGCGUAUGAUCGAUAACCCUUUAACGCUUACCCCAAAAUUAAGCUCCAAAAUGGUGGGAAGGGCACAAGGGUUUUAUGCAGCAACAUCUAAAGAAGAGUUGGGAUUGUUGAUGGCUAUGAAUUUCGCUAUUACUGAUGGGAAAUACAAUGGAAGCACGAUCACCGUGUUUGGGAGAAACUCGGUGCUUGAUAAGGUGAGGGAGAUGCCGGUGAUCGGAGGAAGUGGACAUUUCCGAUUUGCCAGAGGUUAUGCUCAGGCAAGAACGCAUGUCUUUGAUCUAAAGAGUGGGAAUGCUAUUGUCGAGUAUAAUUGUUAUGUUUUGCACUAUUGAUUUUUAAUUAGUUUUUUUUUUAUUGUAUGGUUUUUCCUCUUCACAUAGUGGUGGUGAGACAGACUUUUCCUUUCACUUUAGCGAUGACGAUCUAUCUCCCUUUUGAAGUUUUCAUAUAGCACCGUAUGUACACAAAGUUUCAGGUCUAGUUCUAGUUCUCCGUCAAA